UCGAAUUUUUUUAAGGCAAAUUUUUAAAAUUUGGAUUAUUCAUAAACCUUCGCUGGGGCCACGAAAGGUCCCACGAAAAAUUUGGGCCUGAUCGGUUUAGCCGUUUUGACGUUUAUUGGAUCAACACCCUAACAGACAAACAAUUAGUAAAAGAAAUAGUAAUUUUUCUGUUUGUUUGUUUUAUUUCUGAACAUAACUCAGGAACCCAGGACGGAUUUGCCUUAAUAUUUGACUGAUGAACUCGGUAAGACCACGGGAAUGUAUUUAGCUUGGUUUGAAAGGUUUAAGUUGAGAAGGUCGACUCUUAUAAAGAAAACUUAUUUUCUAGGCAAAUCUGGGUUCCCAAGCUAGUUUUUAUAUUUUUCUAUCCAGACGGUUUAAAUAUUUGAUAGAUAUUAGCAGAUCUAAAAUGUUAGGACAGGGUUGGUUUGUUCUCCUGGUCUUCUCUGUACCUAGAACAGGGGGUCUGGUCAGUGCUCAAUUGGUAAAUCAGAAAACUUUUUUAACAGUAAUAUUGGAACAAUGGAAGCAAAAGAAAAACACAUACAACGGUCCGGAGUUACCAUUACCAAUAACCAAAGAAAAAGUUUAUGCUUAUAAAACUUUUAUUCCUUCAGCAAAUCAGAUGGAUUACAAAAGCCAAGAAGAAAAUAAAAUUAUCAACGAAACAGAAAACAGAUUAAAUUUUGAUGACACCUCUCCUACUCGACUAACUGAUUCUCAGAAUUCAAAUACACAAGAUCAAAUAUACCCUUGGCAGUUAAAUAGAAACGCUCAACCAUUUGAUAUGGAAAAAGAAACUUUUUCAAAUUACUUCAACUUAUUCAGCCCGCCUCAGAUUGAUGAAUCUAAAUAUAAUGAGAACAGAACUUUGUUGGGACAUUUUGACAGGAGUAUAUCAGAAGCCUCAAGAUGGCAGGGAAAUUAUAGAUUACCGACAGUCAGAUACCAGCAAACCCCGUCUGUACGAGAUGAAAGGCCGCGGCCAGCAGAAGAUAAGUCGAAAUAUUCAAAAUUUAAACAAAACGAAAAUCUACAGUACAUCUUUCCAUCUGUAACAGUUAGAACACAAAUCCAUGUUGUCAAAAAAUAAAAUAUGAUAAAUAUG